GCCAGCAGGAGCAGCAGUUGGUACAGCGCUAGGUCGCAACCGCACCACUAUUACUGAGAGAGAGAAAGAGAGAGAGUGAGCAGCGAGCGAGGGGCGAGAGAGAGAGAGAACAGUAUGCAGCGGCUCGUCGUGGUUCUGCUGCUGCAGCCACCUUCGUCGUCGUGGUUGCUUGCCCAUUGACACAGAGCUUUAACGAACAGAGAUAUCAGGAACUUUGUACGGGCUUGGCCAGUGUCUGCAGUGCGUGUGUGCCGAGUGUCUGUGUGCAGUGCCGGGGCGAUUUUCUAGCGCGGCCGCAAUAUGUGAUCCCGUCGAGUGGACGGGCUGUCUCUGUGUGAGAGAGAGAGAGAGAGAGAGAAAGAAAGAGAGAAAGAGAGAAAGAGAGAAAGAGAAAAAGAGAGAGUGUGUGUGUACUGUGCCUGUCCGCACAAGUUCGUCGCCGUCAUCCGGGCUGCUGCUGUUCUGAUCAAGCCCUGAGCUUCGGCAUCGCUUGCUGCUGCCCACUUUGCUAGCUGGCUGUGGCUUUCCUCUUUCUCUCCCACAUUUUAUCUUUGAUGCGUUCGGGGGAAUGCUAAUCGGCGACCAACUAUGGGCGCCCAACAAACCAAGGACCGUGUCAUCCCACCCGGGACUGUCGUCAGGCAGACAAGGAAACAACCCAGGAAUCCCAAGGAUGCACGGACUAUGGGCUCCAACAUCUUCACUGAGCAUAGCGAAGCAUUACUCCAAAGCAGACCACUCCCUCACAUACCAGCACUACCUGAGGGUGACCCACCUAGUGGUACUAGUAUUCAAUCUAUUUCUCAGCAAUCUAGUUUAGAUCAACAUGUUUCAGUGUCAAAUAGUGGCCUUUUGGAAGCUGCAAAUAGAUGGACCAGCAAAGAAAAUCUGCUAGCUCAAGAAGAGGAUGAUCCACAACUUUUUGUUGCUUUGUAUGACUUUCAAGCUGGUGGGGAAAAUCAACUAGGUUUAAAAAAGGGUGAACAAGUUCGUAUAUUAAGUUAUAACAAAAGUGGUGAAUGGUGCGAAGCUCAUUCAAGUAGUGGCCAAGUUGGUUGGGUGCCAUCAAAUUACGUGACUCCAGUUAACUCUCUAGAAAAGCAUUCGUGGUAUCAUGGCAGAAUAUCGAGAAAUGCUGCAGAAUAUUUACUCAGUUCCGGUAUCAAUGGAAGCUUUCUCGUUCGUGAAUCAGAAAGUAGUCCAGGGCAGCGCAGUAUUUCUUUAAGAUACGAAGGACGCGUGUAUCAUUAUAGAAUUAAUGAAGAUAGCGAUGGAAAGAUGUACGUGACUACCGAGAGCAUUUUUAAUACGCUAGCGGAAUUGGUCCAUCAUCAUUCUAUGUUAGCAGAUGGUCUCAUUACUCAGCUUUUAUAUCCAGCACCAAAGCGUAACAAACCAACAGUUUUUCCUCUUAGCCCAGAACCUGAUGAGUGGGAGAUUAACAGAACCGAUAUUGUAAUGAGACAUAAGUUAGGUGGAGGACAGUAUGGUGAUGUAUAUGAAGCUGUAUGGAAAAGAUACAAUAUGACGGUUGCAGUAAAAACUCUUAAGGAGGAUACUAUGGCAUUAAAAGACUUCUUAGAAGAAGCAGCUAUUAUGAAGGAGAUGAAACACAGGAAUUUAGUACAAUUGAUAGGUGUAUGUACAAGGGAGCCACCUUUUUAUAUCAUAACGGAAUUUAUGAGUAAAGGGAAUUUGCUAGAUUAUUUACGUAAUGAAAGCAAGCACCAAAUCAAUGCUGUAGUUUUAAUGUAUAUGGCAACACAAAUCGCAAGUGGAAUGAGCUAUCUUGAAAGUCGGAAUUUCAUUCAUAGAGAUUUAGCUGCAAGGAACUGCCUUGUAGGAGAAAGUCAUCUUGUUAAAGUAGCUGAUUUUGGAUUAGCUCGUCUCAUGAGAGAUGAUACAUAUACAGCUCACGCCGGUGCCAAAUUUCCAAUCAAAUGGACUGCUCCUGAAGGAUUGGCAUACAAUAAAUUUUCUACAAAGUCUGAUGUGUGGGCGUUUGGUAUUUUACUAUGGGAAAUUGCGACGUAUGGCAUGUCUCCUUACCCUGGAGUGGAUUUAACUGAUGUGUAUCAUAUGCUUGAAAAAGGCUAUCGAAUGGAAUGUCCUCCCGGUUGUCCACCGAAAGUAUAUGACCUGAUGCGACAAUGUUGGCAGUGGUCUGCGGCAGAUAGACCGUCAUUUAAAGAAAUUCACCAUUCCUUGGAAAAUAUGUUUCAAGAAUCAAGUAUAACAGAAGAGGUUGAAAAACAGUUACAAGGUAGUGGGGGUCAAGUACAACUUUUAUCUUACAAUAAGUCACAAACUGGUAGUUCCGGAAAUAUUCACGGGUUGGUACUUGCUGCCGAACAACAUACUUCUAGUAGCACUCAAGAAUCUACAAGUUCAGUCACAAAGCUUAGUACCUUUUUGGGAGGCCAUUCAAACAAAGGUAAUAACAGUAUGGUACAAAUGAGACGUUCAACGAACAAAAAAGGUAAACAGGCGCCAGCUCCACCCAAACGUACAAGCCUUUUAUCGUCAUGCAGUUCUUUUCGAGAUUCCGCAUACCAGGAUCAAGAUCAUCAAAACACUGAAAUCCAAAACGUAGCCUUGCAUGAUGGCAAUGAUCUAAAUGGUAUUGACAAGAUAUUUCAAGGGGUGACACGUGAAAUCGUGACGAUGUCCGGGCAGCCGAGCGCUGGCUGGGAGUUGGAGCAUGAGGGGGGCGACGGUAGCUCCCAGCCGACAACAGAGCCAAGUUUCGUCGCCCAGCCCCCGUCCACUUCGCCAGAACCACUAGCCAACCAUAACAAAUUAAAAACACGCACUCACACUUCUAAGGAUGCGCUGCCACAGAAGCUGGUCCAUGUGGGAGCCUUAGAGGUGCAAAAUGUUAAGAAAGCCAUACAUCGUUACGGAACGUUGCCAAAGAAUGCGCGUAUCGGCGCCUACCUCGAAUCUCUGCGCCAGAGUGGUAUCCCCUCGAACCAAGAACAGGUCGGCGGCGGCGCCAACUCGCCAGUCUCGCCGUCGCUUUGCGAACAACAGCCCAGUGCCGAGACCAUAAGCCUGAGCGAGGUACUGCAGCAGCACCGAUCGUUGUCGCCGCGGCAGAGCAGCUUGCGCAGCCAGCAGCAGCAUCAGCCAGCUCAAAUGACGCGCAGCAACUCAUCGAGCGGCGUGGUUGGGAACUACCACCCGCCCAAUUCGCCGCGAAGCCGUGCUGCACGCAAGCAGCAGUCUGAGGUCGGUGAUAACCUGCGCACCUUCCGCGCCCCACCGGCCAACAUCUCCACGUUCCGUGCAGCCAGUCCGCCAAGACCGGCCCAGCCAAGCCUCGCCGAUCUGGAGUUUCCGCCGCCGCCGCUGGACCUACCGCCGCCACCCACCGAGCUGCUGAGCUCCGGCGACCAGUGCGACCUGCUGGUGCCGACUUCUGUCUCGCCCUCAAGGAACGCCGCCGGCUCACUGUCGCCGUGCGCGCUCAGGAAGGCCACCAAGCCGGAAAGGCGCUCGCGGGAGGAGCCCGAACAGCCUAACGACGACGAGACCCGCAGCAAUGGCGCCGAUCUGCAGACGGCCGAGCCGUCGGUCAUGGAGGCCAGCUCGCGGUUCGGUGUCAACUUGCGCAGGCGCGACAAGUCGAGUGAGCGUCGCACGGCCGACGCCUGUGGCCAAACGUCACCGCAAAGUGAGCUGCCGUCAUUCCUCGAUCCGCCGCCACCACCGCCACCCGAGGAGGACGAGCUUGCUGGUACCGAGCAGAGCCUGGGUUCGUUCUCCUCGAAGCCGGGCAUGAAGGAAAUGCUUGAGCUCAAGCUCAUCAACGAGAUCAAGCAGAGUUGCGAGAGCAAACCCACCGGCACGUUGCGUAAGAGCAACCUGCCGAGCAGCAGUCUCCCUCCACUUGAUCCCGCCUCGCAGUUACUGUCUGAACUCUGCGCCACCUUCAAUGUCGACGCCGCCGGCAAGCCGCCACAGCAGAACGAGUACGCGAUAGUCAACAUCGUGCCUCAUCAGGAGCCAAAGGAGGCGUCGCCGAUGGCCGACUCGGGUACUCUCAACUUCAAGCUGAAGAAAGUCGAGAGAAGAGUCAACCCACCUCCGGCCAAGGAGGACAGUUCGGAAAACCAAAUAAUCGACUUCAAGUCGCGGCUCCGGAAGGUCGACAACGCCAUAGACAAGUCUACAAGCUGCGUGGAGGAGAAACCGCCGAGCGCCGGCGGCAGCAGUAGCCAAGCGACAGGUGCCAAAAAAUCGGACGACGAGCGAAUGAGUGACUCGCUGGAUUGCCAGUCAGCCGACGAGCAAUCGGACGAUAAACGGCGCAGUACUGGUAGUAUAAGUAGUCUCAAGAAGCUUUGGGAGAAUAAGGAGUCGGCCGCUGGCGGCAGCGACGCGAACGCUCAGACCGUACCUACAAGUCCAAAGCUCGGGAGUCGACCGCCUAGUGGCAAGCAAGAGACUCCCGGCGAGCCAAGCGAGGACUCGCCGGAGGAAUUCAGUGGAGCCUCGACCCGAAGCUCCAAAAGCGAGAGUCGCGUGCAGUGGCCGCCUGCCAACGCGGAUAACGAGAAGCCCGUGGUGCCAGCCAAACCACCCAAACCCAUCUCCAGUAAGCACUUUGGUUCGUCAAUUUACGCCACUCCCAACUGCCAUGUGAAGCUUGGAACCGAGGACGAAGUGCAACAGCAAACAAUAGCCAAGCAGAGUUCUGAACCUGGUUCGAAGGGCAGUAGUAGCAAUAACAGCAACAGUAGCACUAGCAGCACCAGCAGCACCAGCAGCACCAGCAGCAGUAGCAGCAAGCAUAAUAUCCUAGAGAUCUCGAACGUGAUUGAGAACAGCAUCGUCAAUCUCAAGGGCAGCCCAAACAUCGUGAUGGCCAGCUGGCUGCAGCUGUCCGACAAGGUGGGCCUGCUACACGGCAUGUGCGCUAACUACGCGCAAGAAGCGACGAUACCGUCCCACGCUAAAUUCCAGUUCCGGGACGUGCUUUCACGGCUAGAACUGCAGGCGCGGCAGUUGAGGGCAGCCGGUACCCGCAACAUCAGCGAAAAUACGAGGUUGCUCACCGACCUGCAAAACACGAUCAAGGACGUAAGCAACGUGGUACAGAGAUAAGAGCGAGCCCGGG